GAAAUUAAAAUCAUAUACUAAAGCAACAAAAAGCAACAACUGCUUUAUCACCCCGACGUUAACAAAAAGCAACAACUGCUUUUAUCCUUUCAAUGUCCCUAUUCGGAAACAAAGGGAAACGUUUUGUAUGUUCUUUUUCUUCCUCCUCCUUGUGCUAGAUUGCGGAUCCAGAUCAUUGAAUACUCUGAUCAGCAGAGAAUCCUGUUUUGUUUCCGAUCCGGAUGAUUUCACUCUGAUGUGUGUCAGCGCAGGUGGAAUCGGUCACCUACUCCCAUCAAUUCCAACUCUUCUCGAAAUUGGGGUUUCUUGAAGGGUUUGUGUCCGCAAUUGAUGAUGGAGCAGAGGCAACUGGGGCAUCUAAGAUGAGUUUCGAUUGAUGAAGGAAAGGGGUUUGAUGGGGAUCUUAUUCUGCAAGAUUCAUUCGCCCUUCAUUUGCUUCUGCAAGCCAUCUGCUCCUCCCUGUUGUCUCUACUCUCAACCCCAGCUGAAGUUGGGAAAUACGCCCCGCGUUCCUUCUUCCACUGUUGUUGAUGCUGAUGGCACUGUGGACUUUACUGGAGAGGCCGGUGAGGUGAAUCCGCCACAAAGGAUCAAGCAAGCUGCCAUUAACGGUUGUCGUAGAAGCUGCAUUAGAAAAAGCGGCAUGCCAAAGCAGAUCGAGAAGAAGAAGAAGAGUGUGCAGUGGGUGGAUAACUUGGGGCAAGAACUUGCUGAGAUCAAAGAGUUUGAGAGCAGUGAAGCGGGUGACACUGACAAUGAAGAGGCAGGCCGACGCUGUUUUUGCAUCAUUCUUUGAUGUUGUUAACCACGGCUUCAUCCGGAUGGCUACACUCUUAGCUGGCCAUAUCUCUGACAAGAAGAGUAGAUCAGGUACUGGGAAAUUGGAGAACUGUAAAGCUGUUCAUCUUUGUGCGCAUUUUGUUUUGGAUUCUGUCCACAAAAUAAGAACUUCAGUUGGAGUCAGAUCUCAAGUGAAAUAUUUAUCGAAGGGUUUCCAUGCUAAACCUUAAUUGUGGAGGUGAGCUUCCUACAUCAGCUUUUUGCUGCUGUCAUGCAGUGCACUCAAAUGAAGCUUAGAGAUCUGUUUGUACAUUUGUACAAUUAUUAGGUUUAUUCUGUUUUAAAAAUCCUUGGCGAUCCUUCAUUUAAGUGGAUGAUUGUUAUUAGCCUGUAUUGAUCAAGAGCUCAGGAGAUUCCUUUGUUGUAAAACUUGAUUCCUCUGAUCCGUAGCCGCGAGGCAGACUAAGAUAUUCAGCUUAUGGCAUCCGGAUUAGCGCAAUGGCUGCCCUUAUUGAAAUGUACAAGUAAUGAAUGAACUAAUUCCCC